AUGGCAUCUGUAUUCCCCGAUCAGUUCGCCACGGUUUCCACCACUAACCAGGCCGCGUUCACGAUAAAUGCAGGCCGCCACUUACCCCGCCAUGCAGCGCAUCAACUUGUCAGCUCUAUGACACGAACGGUCGACGCCAAAAUUGCCCUCGCUGAGUCCACCCGAUUGGACGAACUCAUAUCAGACCUUCGUCCAUCGGACCGAAUUGUCAUUGUUGCCGGCACUACUUUCUACAUAGACGGGUGGCUGCUCAUGGACGUUAACCUAGGCGUUUGGACGAUCAACUACUUCGUCGACUACAUACCCUCCAACGACGCAGACCCGCGCCCUGCGAUACAAAACGCCAAACUGAUUUUUGCUAUGUUAGGCGACAACACCGAGACUUUGACCAUUCAUCUGAAUCGCAUGACAGACCGUACCUACGCCGCUAUAUGGAUGCAACCAGCACGCGGUCUGGAUUUGUGCCCAGGAUGUCGAGCCUGCUCGGUCGGAUAUGACAGUGCCGUGGGUCGACACCCUUGGAUGACCACAUUGGCGCUCUGCCUUGAACAAUUGAAUGAGUUGACGCUUGAAGAACAUGUCGCCUUUUCGAAACUACGGGACCUGUUCUGCUGGCAACUAUUGACAAGCGUCUACGACGCGCCAUACGAAAUCCUCCAGACCACAAACAGAACCCGAACACUCCAGUCCAGAUUGAAGUCCCUCCGCAACUGGCGUCAAUACAACAUGAGGCUGCGAAAACUUUUGCACUACCGAUUUUCUGUCCGCGCGCUAUCCAUCACCACGGCCAUUCUAUGCCAACAAUCACAAAGCCCACUUGAUCCAACUAACGAUAAUCUUCAGCAUUCCUUGGAGGAUCAUAUUGAGGAUGAUGUGUCUCUCCGAGAUGCACUUGGAAAGGAAGACAAAUGGUUGGAGGGCCUGUACCCAUAUGUUGCUGCGAUUAUAAGUCGACUUGUUCUGCGCUAUGCUGUAAAAUCAUUCUUGACAGAGCACCGUUUGUUGAGGGGUUAUUAA